GCGCGGGAUCGAACCGGAUGUUGAGAACAUCCUGCUAGAACCAACCGCCUUCGACGUGUCUGACGACACUAGACACCGCAUGGAAUUCGGAUAUAGGAGGCACGCUCUCGCUAAAGUCCGGUAGUUCUGGUCGCAUGAGACACUCGAUAUAUGACGCAGGUGUCCGCCUCCACGGUCGAAGUGUGUUCUCACGGCAUCACGAUGUUCCAAAGCGAAGGUUGGUCGUCAAGCGCCAACAUGCUACUAUGCUCCGUCGAGUCGUGGUGAACCGUGACUGCCUGCGUGAUAUCCUGCUCUUCCAGUCACUGCUUACACCCCUUCGAGACAGGCAAAUGUCGUCAGUGAGUCGUCAUCCGUGUAAGCCCACUGAAGUACAAAACAUGCGUGGAUGCGUACAUGUGGGUACCUUCGCACCACACAUAUACGGGGCUACUCGCGUAAUGCUGACAGCUACAGAAGGCUUCGACAAUACAUGUCGUUGCAACAUGUCAGGCAUGCCAGGCCCUGAGCAGAACUUCGUCGCCGUUUUCCGAGGUCUGUGGUACGCGCCGUUCUUCCUCGUAUUGAAUGAGAUCCGAUCCAGAGUCCCUGACGGAGAGGUGGAACCUACUCCGACGACAUGCGUACAUCUCGCGCAUCCGAGUCUGGACAGGCUACGAUCCGUACUUCGUAUGUCAUCAGCCGUGGUCAAUGAACCACUGGGGACCUUUGUCACCCCGUCAAAACGAAGUCAAUGUCACAACGCUUCCUUUGUUACUGAGUGAAAUGCGCGGUGUUCUCUCAGGCUGAGCACCCUUACAACACGAU